AGUGGAAGGAGUAUAGUUGCCAAAAUGGCGGCCGUCGUGCUCCGUCAUUGAGGAGGGGCGAAGAUUCAUUCUCGUCUUUCGACGUCAUUCUUCACUUCCCCUCUGCAAUACUCGCUCACGCAUGAUUCGCACGGCCGUGAAGUGACGUUUACGUAUUAUGUCCUCGUACACGUUCUCGCAGAAGCUGUUCAAGCCUACGCCACCGGAACGCGGCAGUUUCCCGCUGGAUCAUGAAGGCCGCUGCAAACGCAUCAUGAUCAAGUAUAUGCGCUGCCUGGCCGACAAUCGUAAUCAGAACACGAUGUGCCGCGACGUCGCCAAGGAGUACCUCGGCUGCCGCAUGGACCAUGACCUGAUGACGCGCGACAAUUGGUCCAACCUUGGCUUCGAAAGCGACGAAACCAACGAGGUGGCCAGCGAGACGUAACGCCGAGAUCAUCUUCGAGAUAUCCUUGCGUGUCCCUCUCUUGACCAGACGAGGAGUCAGGCAUCUCUCUGUUUCCGUUAAUCCUUUCCGGAGAUUCCGAGCUCCGAGGGUGGAUACCCCUAGCCGAUUAGUGUUCUUGGAACUUACGUUCGAUGUAAAUAGGGUACCAAGUAGUCGUGGAAUAAUUCACAAUCGAAAUUAGUGUGUUCAGGCAAGAAUAUACGCACUGCCAGCCAGGUGUGAUAAGGACUUUGACUUUGAGCUUUCCCCACGCCAGUGUCGUUGCGGAACUUCAUCAGGUAUCUGAAGAUAGAGGGAACAAUACAUAUUGAAGAGAGAGAGAAAUGGAACAUUAAAAAUCUGUGUAUGUAUCUUUCGCUUCCAUAAGAAGGAAGAUUGAAAAUUAAGUUAUUGCUCGACACACUGGUGAGUCUUCAAGCUUUAAUGUAAAGGCAUUCCCCUGUAGCUUGUUACGCGGUUGGAUUCUGUUGCAACCCAAGUGGCCUAAGAUAUCGUAAAUAGAAUAUAGAAUAUCGAUAUUUAUCGCACAGAUUGG